CUUUCCCCACCAGACCAGACCCUUCACCUCGACCCUUCAAACCACAACUGAACCUUUCGGAGCCCUUUUUUCGCGACAAGAACGACACCUUUCGCCCUCCUCUGCGCAGCGAGGACGACCGUCCUUCGCCAUCCGCGCGCCUUCUGAGCCUCCCCUCCCGCCUCCCACCCAUUUCCAUACCUGACGGGCCCGCAAUGGACGGAUUCGGCGAUUCCGCAUGGACCAACGCCCACCAGUUCCAGCCCACCGACCAACAAGACUUCAACUCCCUGCUCGACCUCGAUCUCGAUCUCGACAACUUCUCCAAUCCUCAGGGCCCGGACAAUGCUCAGAAUACCUACGAUGACCUCGCAAAUUCCUUCGACACUCAACACUUCUUCAGCCCCCAGGUUCUGCCUGACCAACACCAUGGCGCCCACUCUGGCCAGCAAGACCACUAUCAACUGCAACAGCAGCAUCCACAUCAAGCGAAUGGAGCCAUGACACAGCCCACAGACAUGUUCGGCAAUACAAUGCAACAGUACGACAACCCCAUGGCAACCUACGCGAUGCAUCCAGCCAUCCCGCCUACCCCCAAUAGCGCCGAGAUGCACCCCAAUGCCGCCCAGUACCUGCAGCAAAAGCGCGUUCAGAUUGCCGAACAGGGCUUCUACCCGCACAACGACGAUGGUUCCUUCACACCUCUUGGUACCCCCGCCGUCACCCCCAACGACGUCAUGCACAACGGACCUGACUUCGGUGUGGCCCCUGGGGCCUACUUCAGCCCUCUGGUAUCGCCGGCUCUCAAUGCGCAAAAUCACCCGCAUAUCCAGAUGCAGUCCGGCCAGGGCAAUGGCUCCGGCAGCUCCGCCGAGGCAUCUCCUACAGUCGCCAAUGUGACUCUGAAUGCCGACUCGGUCAUGGCACCGCCAGAGCAAGGCAGGAGGAGUAAUCUGAGGGGCAACAAAAGGGGUGCACCGGGGAGCGCCAACGGACCUUCUUUGCUGGGCAAGUCUUCGGUCCAGAAAUCCAGCCGGAGGAAAGUCACGGCCUCUGGAAUGACCAAGGGGUCUAGCGAGUCGCCCACCAGUUCCCAAGGCCAGACACUGGGCUCUAUGCUGGGCACUGCACAAACCUCUAGCGGUAAUGCGAACUCGCAGUCCGUCUCUACUUCUCCCGAGUCCACGUCCCACCCAAUGGGUCCGCCUCCUAGACCGGGUUCAGUCUUGCAUUCACCGGAUCCUUUCGGUCACGGUUUCCACUCACCGGCCAUCCUCUCUCAAGGCGGUAUGACACCUCCGACACCAGCUGCGGGGUUUCAACAGUCUGUUGGCUUCUCGGGCUUUCCAAUGUUGGAGGAUCUCAGCCUGCCGGAAGCAUCAUUGGCAAAGACGCCAUUGCCUCGCUCCGAUACGGCCAUCUUGGAUAACAGUGGAGGCGUGGAAGGACAGAAGCCACCGAAGCUGGCAGUAAACACCCCCGCAGGCGUCGGAGGGGUCUCUGGGAGGCCGAGUCCCAUGCUCAGUGCUGUAAAUUCGCCGACCAGCCCUGCAUUUACCGCUGGAAUGAAGAGGCCGGAAUCAAGGAUGGCUCGCAACACCAAGAAGCGGGGAAGCGUCUCCACGGCCCCGAGUCCCGCUAUAAGGCCCAAGAUAUCCCCCAAUAUCAAACCGCUGAUUGCGCAGCAGGGCGCCAACCCUUCCCCCGACGACCACGCCCGCCUCCUCGCCACGCGCUCCAACUACCAAAACAUCAUCGACGGCACCAACGUCCCGGGUCUCAACUACCCGACCUCGCUCUCCGCGAACCUGACGCAGAAGAAGCAGAGCCACAAAGUAGCCGAACAGCAUCGCAGGAACAGGCUGAAUGUUGCGCUGGCGCAGCUGGACGCCUUACUGCCCGGUUCGCCGAAGAUUUUGGCUAGAGAUGCUGCUGCGAAUGGAAAGAAUGGGAUCAAGAGCGAGGGUAACGGGAGCGGCAGUGGGGACGGAGAGGAAGGGGGAAGCGCGACGGCGGGGAACAGUGCGAGCUCGAAGGCGGAGAAGGUGGAGAUGGCGGUGAAGUAUAUCCAGGAGCUGAAGAGCAGGAUUGAGGCGCUGGAGAGGGAGAAGAGUGGUGGUGGUGGUGGGGAAGAGGGGAAGGAGACGCAAGUGGAGAGGAUGCAGAUCGAUGAGGUGAGGGGGAAGGCGGAAACGUUAGUGUCACAACAGGGUGAGGCGGAGGCACGGAGUAGUACGAGUGAGGCUUCUGAACGGAGUCCCGAUUGAGAGGUCCGGAUCAAUGAAUGCUUUGCAUACACUGAAGAAGGGGUUUGGGGACCUGGGAGGAAGAUUAUGAUAUUUGUGAAUACCCCCAUAUGUAUGACGACGAUGACGAUGAUGAGUACAUAGGCCAGAUCGAUGAGUGAUACCCUGAUAAAUAUAAAUAAGGAAAUGAGGCUUGACGCGUAUCCGUACGUGCGUAGUUGAGG